UUUGAUCUCAUCCAACGUAACCAAAAUCGUUUUGAUUGUUCUUUCAUCAUUUUAUUUAUAAAAUAAUAUCUUACAUUGUUUUCCCCAAUUAUUAUACAAAAAAUGGAUCAUCAAUUGAGUUUGAGAAAGCGUGUUCGUGAUAACUCUAUCGAAUUAGAGAUCAAUUCCCCGGAGGUAAAGAGACUCCGGGAAGAUCUUUUAGACGACUUAUACGAUUCGGAGUAUAUUUAUACUCCGAGUCAUGACCUUGACUCGUUCAUGAAGAGCUUUGAAGAUGAAAUUACAGUGUCGGAGACCGCCGGAGUUUCGUCGGAGCCCGGCGAAUCUCAGCCGGAGUUAGGAUACCUUCUGGAAGCUUCUGAUGAUGAACUCGGGCUACCUCCGCCGAUAGAGGCGGAGACUGAGUCAGUCCGAGUUUGUAGUACUGAGUCCGCGGCACUCAGUAACGAAUUUUGGGGAUUGGAGGACCAGAUUCCGAGUUAUGACUCGUUCGAUUUGGGAAUUGUUGAAUCGGGUCAAUAUAGUGGUAAUAUGGGUGAAUAUGUUGGGUUAGAUGGGUUGUUUGAUCAUUCGGAUUUGGGUUUCGGAUCGGGAGAUUUUCUUUGGAGACCCGAAACUUUACCCGCACAAUAAUUGUUUUAGGGAUAGAUAUUGUAAAGAUUUUUAUAAUUUUUGUUUCUUUUUAUAUACUAUUAUUUGAUUAAAAACAAAAAGGAAGAAAAAAUUAUGAAAUUUUCAUGACCGA